UUUCUAAGCUCGAAUCGACCUAAAGUCGUCUAUGAAAGCUCUUAAUAUAUACCCAAAUGUUUGAGAUGUUGGCUUUAUUGGAACGUCCAUGGUAGUUUGCCAGACAGUACAAAAGGUAAAGACCUUAGAUCCAAACCGAGUAAGAACCGACYAAAGUUGGAAGGAAGUUGACCUCGGACAUCUGCUUCAGAGCUAUCCAUGUUUUUUUAUUGUUUCCGCUUCGAAAAAUGCAUUCUUCUUCAAGAUGGAAUGAGCUAGACAGUACCUGGUAUGGCAGAAAACAGUACUUCUAUAGACGAGCAAUUUAACAAGAUUUUUAAACUUACUUGCUCCCGAAUUCAAAAUGGUUCUCUCAAGAAAACCGCUCUGAUUGAUGCAGUCCACUAUGAUAAGGAURGCGGACUGUUAGCUCUUGCAAUAAUUCGUGCAGGCGUCGAUGUCAACAUAACUGACGAUUCAAACAAAACGGCCUUGUUUUACGCUGCUUAUAACAAAUCAAUAGAUAACGGAUUACUGGUUGCACAAAAAUUGAUCGCCUCUGGUGCUGAUGUUAAUAUCAUCGAUUCUGCAGGACAGACUGCAUUAUUUUUUGCUGUUAUUAACAGAAACGUAAAGGUUGUUCGUGCGUUGAUUGAUGCUGGCGCCGAUGUCAACACACUCAAUAAAGCGGGUGAGACAGCCUUGUUCUAUGCUGGCAGAGAUGAAACUGGAGAAAUUUGCAAAGCAUUGACUGGGGCCGGUGCUAAUGUUAAUAUUACUGAUAACAACGGACACACUGCUCUGUUUCCUGGUAUCAAGGAUAAGAACGAAAAUAUGGUCCGCGCUUUAGUUAAAGCUGGCCUUGAUGUAAACACACCUUUGAGGUAUGCCAUUGGAAAUACUACUUAUAAUAAAAACGUGAUUUCGGCUUUGGCUGAAACUGCCGACCUCACAUUAACUGAUAACAAAGGUAAAACGGCUUUGUUUUAUGCAGUUAGCAAGAGUAAUAGAAGUGCAGUUGAAGCCCUGAUUGUCGCAGGUGCAGAUGUCAACAAAACGGACGUUGAGGGUAAAACUGCUUUAUUUCAUGCUAUUUGUGAUUCAUAUAUUGAGACUGUCAAUAUGUUAAUUGAAGCGGGAUCCAACGUAAAUAUGUUUGACAGCAGAGGAAAAACGCCUUUGUUUUAUGCAGUCGAGAAAGAUUAUGACUUGUCGACUGCAUCAUUAUCGAAGGCCGGAGCUGCCGUGAAUGCAAGAGACAGUUAUGGAAGAACGCCAUUGUUUUUUGCCAUAGAAAAAUCGCGAUCGCUUUCGCUAGCUAGUUACCUUCUUGACCAAGGAGCAGAUUUGUUUGUAAAAGACGAUUUCAAUGAAGAUGUGUUUUCACUUUUCGUCGAAAAAAGAUGUCUUGACCAUUCUUUUAAUUAUUAUAAAUUUUCAAUAUCAUCUCACAUGUCUGAAGCUCUAAAUCUUUUUAAGGAGAAUGGAGUACAAAUCGAUACAAUUCACCAAGCGACACUGAAUGUAAUGUUUUCCAAAAUCCUGAAUAGUGUUUACCAGUUUAUCCAAGAUAAUGAAGAUAAAUAUAUACAGCGUUUUCGUGAAGUCUUAGAAACAUUAAUGGCGUUUAUCACCGAAGAAGGUAGUAGGAACAUUCUAGAAGAAAUUCUUCUAAUGUUAAGAGAAUUUCACAUUUCCUUGUUACCAAAGAUUCUUACCUUGCUAGUCAAAUUAGGUGCUGAUCCAAAUAGUGCCGAUUCAGAAGGCAACACUGCUCUGCACUAUGCAACUCGACUACCAUUUUAUGGUGUGUCUAAAGAAACUGUUAUGCACUUAUGUCAACAGUUGCAAAGUUUUGGGAUAAGGAACAGAAAAAACCGGUCAAACGAGAUACCGCUUUUAUUUUGCUUUUGUGGGCAAUUCCCGACGCUCAAAGGCGUUGCAGAGAAAGAGCCAAGAGUUAAAGUACUGGAAGAGGUCGUCAAGUUUUUGUUGACAAGUGGUUCAAGCAUGCAAGAAAUUACGCAUAGUGAAAAGUCAAGCUUUCAUUUGAUUUUUGAUAUCUUCCAGCAUUCCACUUCUACGUAUUCAGGGCAAGGAUAUAACCAUUUUGAAAGGCGAUUUACAACAAAGGAACUAAUGAAAGUAAUGGUCCGAGUACUUAAUUUAAUACCAUGUAACGAUGCACAUGUUAUGGUUCAUAAGARGGACUCAAACCUCGACGGAGUUCUUCAUCUUUGGGCAACACUGCGGCUAAGCUCACCUCAAGAAUACGCUAAAACAGAUGAUGAUGGAGAUUUGACAUUCGAGGAGAUAAUGAAAAUGAUUCUUCAGUAUUUUUUACAAUGUGGGGCAAAAGUGAAUGACAGGAAUGCAAAAGAGGAAACGCCUUUACAUCUUGGUGUCACCUGGGGUGCAGUCAAGCUCCUGCUUGAAGCUGGGGCAAGGCCAGAUGACUUAGAUGCAUUGGGCUGCUCCCCACUACUUCAUGCUGCAAAGACCAAAUUAUUUCUUAUGAAAGCUGAUUACUUUUAUCCAGAUGUGUCAGAAAAACCAAAAGAUUUCUGGAAAGCAGCUCUGAACAAUGGCUUUGAUCUAUGGACGGCCGAUAACAAAGGCGAAUCUGUUUUGAAAAUCCUUAUAAAAUCAAAACAGUUCACUUUGGCUAAUGCUUUGGUCGAAUUUGCACUGGAAGACGGUUACCUACAGUCAGACACAAUUGCAUCUUCCUUGUUGACGACUAUUUGUAAAGAUACUUCCACAAGUGCGCACUGGAAAAGCAUCCUUGUGGAAACAAUCCUUAAAGCAAGAAACCCCAUUCCUUUAAUGAAUAAAGCCCAGGGCAGAGAUUUACCACUUCAUAUUUGUUGUACGAAUAUUGUCCAGGGCAAUAAAUCGAGGAAACAUAAGAAAUUGAAAUUUCUGAGAAAGGCUCUGGUCAAAAAGGUUAAACCAAGCGUAGAAACAGAAGUAAACGAAGAAACUGUCCACUGGAAACUACUCAAACUACUUCUUUCAUAUGGCGCAGAUUGCUCUAUUCCUGACGAAACUGGUCGGACCUGUUUGGACAUUGCAAAAGAUUGUCCUCCACUUAAAGAUAUUUUGAUGAAACCCAUCGAUAUCAACGAGAUUAUUCCUUGUAUUCCAUGGACGUCUGCUUCUGAGAGAUACGAACAUAAAUUAGCCAGAGUUGCAAGAAGACAGGAGAGCGAGCAUGUCGAUUCUUUCUGGUACCACAAAGAACCUUUGGCAAGUGGCUCAUUUGGUCUUGUUUUUGCAGGAAUCAACGAGAAGGAUGGGAGAGAAGUGGCCAUAAAACGCGUUGAAACACUUCGUAUGGGUCGUAGGGAAGACCUUAGAGAAAUUUCCAAUCUCAAAUCUCUUGCUGACUGUGAGCAAGUGAUCCGCUACCUUUGUUAUUUCGAAGACGAUGCCAAUCAUUUUUCUUACGUGGUUUUAGAGCUCAUGGAGGGAAGUCUUGAGGAAUUUCUUGACACGAUCCCCUUGGAAAUCGAGAAUAGUGUUAAAUAUUGCAAAGAUGUUGUAAUUGGGCUACGCUUUCUACAUAAUCUAGAGAUACUUCAUCGCGACCUCAAACCAUCCAACAUCCUUUAUAAGACUCAACCUGAACUGCGCUUGAAAAUCGCUGACUUUGGCCUUAGCCGUCGAGUUGACAGUUCCGCUACCACAGUGUAUGGUACUAAUGCUGGCACAAGAUGUUGGAUUGCUCCAGAAGUGAUGAAAUCUUUGCAAGACCAUUCUAAGGCAUCCGACAUCUUUGCUUGCGGACUCGUUCUACAUUACAUUUUAUCAAUGAAAAGUCAUCCAUUUGGCCCAUCAGAUGUUACCAAGAAAAGUUUAUUUCAAAUAAACAACGAAACGGAGGCCAACAUAAUUGAUAACAGCAUGAAAGGAUGGGAUGGCUCUCUUAAUUCUGAAGCUACACAUCUAGUCAAAAAGAUGCUCGUUAGUGAUGGAACAAGACGACCAUCUGCAGCUGAAACAUUGUGUCAUCCUUUCUUCUGGUCAAAAAAGAAAAAGACCGACCUUCUUACUGCUGUUGGCAACCAACCAGAAUUUGAAUGCCCACGUGCCAAAAGGCCUUCUCACCUUUGGACUAACGUGGAGACCGAUUUACAAGCAAGCUUUGGUACCAUAGUCAAACAUGGUGAAUGGAAUCAUCCAGGUUAUUUACAUAUGCCUGACAUUGACAAAGAAAUGAGGAAGCACCCAAGAAGCUAUGAUACUCACUCCACUGUUGAACUAGUACGUUACAUAAGAAAUGCUUACACGCACGUGUCUGCACAAGGACGCCCAUCCCCUAUGAAAAAAUGGUUACUGACAAACUUUGUUUUCCUGGAAUAUUUUCCAAAUCUUGUAAUGGAAGUCUACAAGGCUGUAAUCACUCAUGGAUGGGAUCAGAAARGAGAAGAGAUCAAGUACGCUAUGGAAAAGAAUUAAAAGAUGUAAGAAUUGGUUCGUGAGAAUUAUGUAUUCAAGGUGCCUCGUCAUUACAAAAACAACUGAUCAUUUGUACCAUCCAUUACAAGUAAUAUAUACAGUAUGAGUGGCCGUGUUGUAUCAGAUAUA